GAAACUACUAUGAUGGGCGAUGGCGGUAGCGGUGGGAGUAGACGUGACCCGCCCUCAUCACGCAGUAAUAUUUACAAAGAUGAGUCGAAAAAGUUACAAUCUGCAUCUCUACGUUCGCAUAACAAUAUAUCAAGCCAGCACCAGCCCUGGUUUGUUCGUAUGUCAAAAGCAAAAAUAUGUCCGGCGACCUGAAUGGUGGAGCGCACAAAUAUAAAGUAUAACUUAAUAAUUUUUCGUCCGAAAGAAAAAGACCCUAACAUUUUUUUAGGAAUGCGAAAAAAAAUGCGAAGGAGCCUUUUUCUAUAUGUGUGUGCUCUCAUUACAUACAUACUUAACUUUACUGUGUAGGAGUUGAGCUGUAAAUGAACGAGUCACAAAGACAGAAGUCUUCUUCCUUUGGCAACAAUAAUAGAACAGGUUCAGAGUCAUAUUACAGUCGAGAGGGCAACAACAAGCGGGACAACCGAGACCGAGAUAGUCGACGUGAAAAUCGCGACAAUGUGCGGGAAUACAAAGAAGAAAAAGAAAGAGAUUCAAGAGACGGUCGCUACACAAAGGACUACAGCCGUUAUGAGUACAAGAAUGAUCGCUCCAGACCAAGAGAAUAUCAAAACGAAUAUAAGCGUGAACGUGACAAUUAUGACAAUCGUCCACGACCUCCUCGAGAAGAUGAACGCUACCGUCCCUCUUCAUCGUCGUACAAAAACAGUCGCUAUAGCGGCAAUGGUCGGGAUGAGCGCCCUAGAUAUGAUUCUUUUACAUCAAAUGCAGCAUCUUCCUCUUAUCGUCAGCAUCAUCAGAAUCGACAUAUCGAGCAUUAUGAUCGCUCGGGCGGUGGUCGCCAUCGUCGUCGAAGUAAUUCACUCUCACCUUCACCAACAUCAACGUCGCAACGUAAUUAUAGUAAACGUUCAACACACGAUGACAAAUCGGGUCAUCGCACGCGAUCCCGGUCACGUUCCGUUACACCGGUACGUCCUGAUUCGCGUGAACGCGAACGUGGGGGAGUUCCAUUGGAAAAGGCUCGUCUAUCAGCACUAGAAAUGGAACGUAAAAUUCAGUCAACUAGUCGAUCAUCUCAAGAUAAAGAACUGCAGCCAUCCCAAACCGGUGCACGCAGUACAGAAGCAUUAUUAUCUCUGCCCUUGAAUGAAACUGCACCAAAGCAGCCAAAUGUGAUUGCCGUUGCACCAGUUGCCACUUGCUCAAAAAGUAGUGGCAGUGAACCAGCCGUCAUUCACCUACCAAGUUACUACAAUCCGAAUGUUAUAAAUCCGAACAAAUAUGCUGAGCAAGUACAAAAACGCAAACUACUUUGGGGUGCAAAGAAAGUUGAAGAUACUGCAGCUAAAUGGGGCAAUGCACAAUUUUCACAAGAUUCUGACGGCAAGGUGGCGUCUAAAUUUAUGCGUCUAAUGGGCAUUAAAGGCGCUGCGCAGCCGAAGAGCGACGGGGAGGAAGUUGAGCAGAAAGCCACACCGUCCGUGGCUCCCGACGUUAAAACAAGGGAAGUAAUGUUCUCAAACAUGGAGCAACAGUAUGAAGUGGCACGUCAAGCUACCCAUACCAUGCGGGGGGUAGGACUAGGUUUCAGCUCACAAGCACGCCCAUUUUGAACACAUGCAUGCCAAGUUUUGGACAUAUAACUCUUAACUAUUUGAUUCCUAUGUGGAAUUAAUGUUUCACUUCAUAUUUUAUGAGUUCUUGUUUCUGAUCUUGUGUAUAUAUGAACAAGGAUUGACAUGUUAAAUAAAGAAUAAAGCUGUAGAAUAUGUAAACUUUGUUUCAAUAUUCGA